UGUUUGAGUCAAAGGACAGCGGUGCUGUUCUAAAGUAGUGUGUGUCUGCGUGUGUUUUUAAGUGGACUUAAUAUCUAACAUCUUUUGCUAAAUGUGUCGUACUUGGGUUAAUUUUCUGAUCAGACCCGCUAAUGCUUGUGCAUUGCUAUCAUCUUAGUUCGUGAAUCUUAAUAUUCUUCUCUCAGUCUAAUUGACAGCAGUUGAUCUUCGUCAGGUCGAGCGCGCUGAAUCUAAUGUAAACAAACCCUGUUUCGCAGUCGAUAAUUAGCUGUUUUCAUCCACAAACUCGCCUGGAAUCACCCUCAGCGGCUUUCACCAACCUCUCAAGUGUGUUGGAGUCAGCGUGAGAUGAUUUGAGUCAGGCCUUGGACUAAAGUUGAAGCCGUUUAAUUGAGUCUGUCAGAUUCUUCGCGAGGCCUCAUAUCUGUGGAUGAGGAAGUGAACGGACCGAGCUCACCCAGGAGAAAGGAUCCCAUUUCAUGGGAGAAUCCUCUUUCCUUUACUCCUGGGUGAACCGGUGAUCUGUCAAAAUGGAUGAGCAGGAGGCCCUGAAUUCCAUCAUGCAAGACCUGGUGGUGCUGCAUCGAUCCAGUCGACCAACUGGUCUGCCUGACCUGGGCAAACCCAAGGCCUCCUCCCCUAAGAACCAGAAUGAUGUAAGGGUGAAGUUUGAGUACAGAGGAGAGAAGAGGAUCCUGCAGUUCCCUCGACCUGUCAGUCUUGAAGAUCUGAGCACCAAGGCUAAAAUAGCAUUUGGGCAGACCAUGGACCUGCAUUACACCAAUAAUGAGCUUGUGAUUCCGUUGAGUACUCAGGAUGAUCUGGAUAAAGCUGUGGAGCUGUUGGAUCGAUCAGUGCAUAUGAAGAGUCUAAAAAUCCUGCUUGUGCUCCCCUCCUGUACUCAGAACUCUGUCUCCAGUAAGGACCUGUUGCCAGCUCACGAGAACUUGGACAACACAGACUUCAGUGUUGCAGAUAAAAAGAACAUGCUGGCACUCAUAGGUUCUCAGUCAACCGAUCGUAGCUCUCCUCCUCCAGGCUAUAUUCCUGAUGCUCUGCAGCAGGUGGCCAGAAACGGCUCUUUCACAAGCAUCAACAGUGAGGGCGAAUUCAUACCAGAGAGCAUGGACCAGAUGCUGGACCCUCUGUCUAUGAGCAGUCCUGAGAAUUCAGCGUCAGGCAGCUGUCCUUCACUGGACAGUCCACUUGAUAGUGAUACCUAUCCUAAAUCCCGUAUGCCUCGAGCCCUGAGCUACCCUGAUAACCAUCAAGAGUUCCCUGAGUACGAUAUACCAGUGUUUGAAAAAACAGGGAAAGGAGGAACCUAUCCUAGGCGAUAUCCCAUCUCAUUUGGUCUGCACGACUACAGCGAUGGGCGAAAGACCUUUCCCAGAGCGCGGCGGACUCAGGCUCAUGGUUUUCGUUCUCCAGUGAGUUUCAGUCCAACAGAGCAGCAGAGCCCCAGCACUAGCAGUGGAAGCAGCAUCUUUACUCCUGAGCUAGAGGAACCGGGGCGCAGACGCCGUGGCAGCGACAUAGAGCCAAGUUCUAACCCCACUCUCUCAGUCAUGGACAUCAGCCCUCCAAGCCGCUCCCCUCGUGCUCCCACAAACUGGCGUCUAGGGAAGCUUUUGGGGCAAGGAGCAUUCGGGCGAGUGUUUCUUUGCUAUGACGCAGACACCGGCAGAGAACUGGCUGUUAAACAGGUGCAGUUUGACCCAGAUAGCCCAGAAACCAGCAAGGAGGUGAGUGCUCUGGAGUGUGAGAUUCAGCUGCUGAAAAAUCUAUUCCAUGAGCGCAUUGUUCAAUACUAUGGCUGCUUGCGAGACACGCAUGAAAGAACUCUUUCCAUUUUUAUGGAGUACAUGCCUGGGGGCUCCAUUAAAGACCAGCUGAAGUCUUACGGUGCUCUGACGGAGAACGUCACACGUAAAUAUACACGGCAGAUACUAGAAGGCGUGUGCUACCUGCACAGUAACAUGAUUGUCCAUAGAGAUAUUAAAGGUGCCAAUAUCCUUCGGGACUCUGCAGGUAACGUGAAGCUUGGUGACUUUGGAGCGAGUCGGCGGCUCCAAACCAUCUGCUUGUCCGGGACGGGCAUCAAGUCAGUGACAGGUACACCUUACUGGAUGAGCCCUGAGGUCAUCAGCGGAGAGGGGUAUGGCAGGAAAGCUGAUAUCUGGAGCAUCGGCUGCACUGUGGUGGAGAUGUUAACUCAGCGGCCGCCCUGGGCGGAGUACGAAGCAAUGGCAGCCAUUUUUAAAAUCGCCACACAGCCCACCAACCCCACUCUGCCGCCUCACGUGUCGGACCACUGCCGUGAUUUCCUUAAACGGAUUUUUGUGGAGACUAAACAGCGUCCAGCUGCUGAUGACCUAUUACGGCACACUUUCGUCCACUAGCCACUACCCCUUCCAUCUCUGACCAAUCAGAGACUACCAAAAGUGUCUGUAGGACCAUCCCCUUUUCAGACUCUUCCCAGCAGGCCUACGAGCCCCUACUCGGACCAGAGCGCAUAGCGAAGAGGGCAGUGGCCUAAUCUCACACCUCUGCUGGAGCAGGACGGUGAUUUGGAGCAGCUUGAUUCAGUACGAAAACAUUGCACCUUAAUUUCACUCAGGGGUAAGUACCCCUAAAGACUAAACGGAUAUCGGUACCCCCCAAAAACUUGAGGAUGUUGUCUUUUAAAGGCUUUCUUUUAUUCAUUUUAAUGUUUUGAUAUCCCCCAUGAUUGUGGAGAGCCUUUGCUCUGGGGAGUCCGGUUGGGUUCUGGAUGCACUGGGUUAAUGCAGGAAGAUCUUGGAAUGUCAACCCCAGAACAAGGCAGGUACACCAAUACGCUGCUAAAGGGUAAAAGGAAAAAAUGAAACGGAACAGAAUAGAUGACAGGAUGCAUGGGACUCUCCAGCCCGGCUGUCAUGGCUUCUAAAAGUUCUCAUUUUCUUGCACAGUCCUCCUAGAACAUACACACACACACACACACACACAUGCACGCACACACAUAUAUACAUGAACUCUGAUGGAAGAUCUUACUGUAGAAUAUUUACUCACUAUGCUGUACAAACGUUUGCGUUUGCUGAACUCUCUCUCACCUUCUGAUCGCAACCACAUACCAGAGUAUAUUUGCUUUUUCUAGCUCUAGAAUUCAUCAGGAUCUUGUACCCGUUUCUGCUUUGUUUCUGUUUUUACUGUGUGCCUUUUUACAAAGUCUCCUUCCUCUUUUUUUUGUAUUCUGCUCUGUCUUAAGUGUCCGAUCAUUUUUCUAGAAUUUUAUAGGUUUAAUGCACAGCCUCUCACAAGUCUUUCUGACUUUGUCUGUACAGGAAUUAUUUAGGACAGUUCGGCUCUUCACACUGUUUCUAGAUCAGCAUAAACAGCCUCUGCCUUUUUUCCCCCUUUGGUCCCUCUGCUGGCAAACUGAUCUCGGGUCAGGUUCACCUGUGCAUUCUCUUAACACAGUGCCGUACACUUCAAUCUGAUCAGGUAGGCAGGUUGAAUACACACUCACUCACCAAAGCGUAAAAAAAACAAAAAAAACCCGGACCACACAGGCAGGGUUUAGUGCCUGGACAUUUUACCGUAAGAAUCGCUCUGAUUCCAGUAUAAAUCUCAAGAACAUAGAAAGCUAAGAUGCUUACACACUGAGUCCGAAAUUUUCGUAUGCGUUUUUUUUAGUAUUCGUCAUCCUUUUCCAUCAAAAUGCUUGCCAUGAAUGCAAAAAUGCAGAAAAUCGAAGCUGAUCUGAAUUUUUUUUAUUUUUAUGACAGACAAAUGUUUCGGAAGGCGGUGUGUAAACAUGAUUGACACAAUGUGAGGUCAUAUUUAUUUUUUAACGUGUGAAAAUUUCGGACUCAGUGUGCAAAGACCUUUAGAGUUGAAUAGAGAAAUGGAUUGCUCUCAAUAUGAAAGUUGACACUGUAAGUGCACUUCUAGUGAAGACUACACAACCUGGAUCCGUUCUGCUGAUAUUUUCAAUACCAGAUGUCUGAUGUUCCAAUUCAUCAGAAGUCUUCUUCACUAUAAUGUAUUUCCGUAGGUUUCAGAAUAUGCAGAAUUUCACAAAUCCUAACAAUACUCAGCACUUGACAGUACUAACGGUUUGCCUAUAAAUUAACCUCGCUAUCCCACAAUGCCUUGGGACAGGAUGUUUCACCCGUUCACACUCUUUGUCAAGCACUUGGUUACACACUUUCUGCUAGUGAACGCUUUUGAAUAUUUUAGUGAGUGGUCACGUUGCUGUUCAAGACUCAUUCAGAGAUCUCUCCUCCACGUAGUGCUAUAAUGCCUGCCUUCAGGUGUAGGUGAUAACAUACCUUUUGCGGUUACCCUCGUUCCUUCCUUAAUCCAUUAGGUUUGUUUUCUUCAUUCCUUGUCACAAUCUGCCGUUCUUAAUUAGAAAGCUAUUUAUUCUUCCCCUCUCAUAAUUAUGAGAGUAUGGUAUUAAUGAGUUGGCAUAUGCUUAUGGUAAUUUAAUAAUCGUAGAAUGGAAACAAUUCAAAUUUAAGCAGCGAUUUCAUAUUGCUUACUUAUAGUGACCUGAGAAUAAGAAUAAGCUUCAUACUCGUGGUCCGUUCACACAGGACACGUUCUUGUGUUCUCUCUCUGUGAAUUGGUGAAUUUUUUUUUUUUUUCUUCUUUUUGCACAUGUGGGUCAGUGACAGAAUGCCAUAAUCAUAUUUUAUUUAAAAAAAAAAAAGCAGCAUAAUUUCAAAUAUGUCAGGGUAAUAACUGUCCUGAUAUCAUAAUAAAAAAUACUUAAAAUUUAUUAUUUUUUUAAAUUUUUUUUUUAAGUAAUUUGACUGAAGAUGAAGAUAAAAACAGUUAUUUUUAAUUAUUUAUUAGUCUUAUUUUAUUUAAAAACUUUACCAAAAUUGCUUUUUAAUUUUUGAACUGUUGUUUGCUAAAUCAAAUUCUGACUAAAACUAUCAAACUGAUAGUCGCAAGAAAAACUUAAAUCAAGAAAUUAUACUCUCAUACAGGGCCCCUGCAAACCCUCAUUUCUUAAAAUAUUAGAAAAUGACAUUUUAUGAUAAAUGAAAUUUAUGAUAUUUUUAUGACUGGUUAGUUUAGGUUGUAAAAUGUCACGCAGUGUUAGUAUCCCCCCAAAAAAUUACUAUAUUUAAUUUAAUUAAUAAAAAUUUUUUUUUUACUUAAAGUAAUUAUUUUUUUUAAACAACGAUUAAAAUGUACACUCAAUUGUAUUCAAGUAAUGUUAUUGGUUACACCAUUUUUAAAGUCAUUAAACACUAACUCAUAUGAAACCAACUUGAGAACAAAAUAUACUUUAAGAAUCACGAAUGCUAUUAUAUAUCAUUGACCCAUGUGUCCGCUGCUCAUUGUUAAUUUUAAAACAAUGAACAAAUGAACACAUCUAUAAACAUUGUUUUAGAAUGUGAUCGGUCUAGCUGUUUCAGUGUAAGAACUCGUCCUGUGUGAACGCUGUAACUAGCAAAGUAAACUACCCUGGGCCGAUAGAUUGUGAUAACAUGAGAGAAACUAGCUUUUUGCUGUCAGUUAGAGUAACUAUAGCAAUGAGACUGCAUGUGGUACUCGUUUUUCAGAUGGUACAAUUACACUCCAAGCAAACGUUUACGGUUUUCUGUUGGUGACUUAGAAAGUCUACCUCCAUUGUGUAGAGUUACUUAGGAAUGAUUUCAUGCGGCUGUUCCGGAUCAUGAUAUCUGGGAGUGAAGGACAUGGAAGACCCGCUCACACAAUAGACCUACUGUAUUAGCAGUUCUCAAUCCGAGGCCCCCUUCAGUCAUUUAAACAUGGGCAGGCCCACUUUGUUUGCUCUUGUCCCUUGCAGCUGUUUUUUUAACGUCUUUCUUGUAUAAUGUCAUGUGAUUUGGGCCCGCCGUUGCUAACCCUGGGUUGCUCUGGCAGUAUUUGAAGGAAUUUCUCCGCACCCAGUAUAAUGAGCAAAAUUUCUGGUCUGUAGAGUUUUAAAGUGCCAGUUCAUAGAACUAAAGCCACAUUUAUUUUCAUUUAAGCAUUACUCGUUAGGAUGGUGUACAGACAUACUACAUGAAAAGUAGGCAGUGUAUGUUUGUAAUGUAUGUACUGUUCAGAUUUUCUUUUUGAUGCUGAAAUGUUUGCACAUUUUGAGACCAUGAUUUUUACACUGAUUUUAAUACUUUUGCCAGUGUUCGUCAGUCAUUGUGUGUGUGUGUGUGUGUGUGUUUGCAAGCGAUAUGUGAUAUUGCGUGAGUCUGAAUGCUUGUUUUCUGUUAUGAAAUACGAGAAAAAACAGUUGCCCUGGUUACUAGCCAUGUUGGUUAGGUCGGUCACAUGGUCACUCACUGAUCUAAAGUCUGCUCUCGUCUGUGGUUAAUUCAUUGCCACUGUUGUGCUGCAACUCGUUCCUCAAACACGCUUGCAGAAUUAACAGACGAAUGGUGGCUGGUUUUUGUAAAUUCAGUUUGAAAAUGAGAGCCGAACGUCUAAAUGCUGACUGGUGCCAAAGAAACUGACUCGGACCAACAUGACUGGUAUCCUGGCCGGAGUUUGUUGUAAAGCAAAUUGAGAAUCUUCCUACUGGAAUGUAAUGUCAGAUUUUUUUCACCACUGGGUGGCAUCAUUCAACUAUUUGCCUGUAAAUAAAUUGUUGGAUUUUUUUUCUUCGAAAUAUCUCUCCAGUUUAAGAAAAGAGUUCCAUAGCUGCAUAAUGCAUUGUUUAUUUAUGAAAGUAAUUACAGGAAGUUUUCCAUGAACUCGAACAGGCUGGAUUCGUCAGUGAAACACGCCACUGCUGCCACUCCAGGGUCAUGAAUGCACUUUGUAUUUGUUUGUGUGAGUGUUAUAUCGUCUGAGUGUGUUUGACUGUCUGUGUUUCAAAGAGACUUCUUUUCUGUGUGCCGGUUGAGUGAGAUUAUUGCCAGCGCACUCAAUGCCUUGCGCCUUGUACAACUGAUGACAGAAAAGAAAGAAGAAAAAAAAAAAAGACAAAAACAAAAGAAGUUUAGAACUCUGAAAUGAAAUGUACGUUUUUUUUUUUUUUUUAGACAGUACACUUAUCUGGUACAGAACUUAUAUCUGUUGUUUGUCCUCUUUGUCUAUUGUAUGAGAAAAGCCAUGUUUAUAAUUCAAUUUGGUUUGUGACCAAUAAGCCUGUUUAUAUCAAAUCUGUAUAUCAGUGGUACGCAUAUUUUUUUUAUAUAUAUAUUUUUAUUUUCUCUGUUUUUUUAACUCAAAAUUCUAAGCAUGAUUGGCAUCAUAAAGGCCCACCGGGGCUCUGUGGUCUGCUGAUGGCAGGACUGAUCGGCCUAUUUGCAGGUUGACAUCUUGAGAUUGUCUAUGACGGCUGGCACUUUGUAAAGUGUUGCUAAUGAUGAUGAAAAUAAUAAAAGAUAUUUAUUUCACAUUU